AGAUGAUGGACAAUCGUGGUCGUAGAAGCCAAACACUCGGACAAAGAAGUUGGAUAUACAAACCAAGGGACAAAUUUGAUUUUUCUGAACCGCCAACGACUCUGAAAGCGAAUAGAGUUGCAGAACUCGAACAAGCGAGAGAGUGAAAUGGAAGCCGUGAAGAAAGCCAAAGAAAGAUUUGCGAAGUACCCUCUAAUAUACUCUAAGUGUUACAAAGAAGGUACUCUGUACGCAAAGUGUGUUUUAUUCAACGAGGAAUUGAAAAAAGACCAGUGUGCUAAGGAAUUCAAAGAGUUCAGCGUUUGUUUGCAAAAGGCUGCUAAAAAUAUGAAAACUAGGAUUUAAAGGUAGAUUUAAAGAGGAACGAUG